UUUAACUUUUCACUAUUCAGGAAGCUUGUUUCAAAUAUUGCCUUCCAUACUCCUAAUGAAGAUGUUGAAAUUAUUCCAAGUUCAAAUCCUUCUUCUCAAUUCAAUACACAAGAUUAUAUGCUUAUGAAACUUGACAAGGGGGAACUGGCUGAUAGACAUAGCUUGCAGCUGGAUUAUGUUCCAGUUGCACUUAAACAAGAAGGUUUAUAUAUUGAAGAAGAACUUGUUUUCACUAAUAAUUGGGCACUGUCUGCUAAAUGUCUACCUUCUCUGCAAAUACUCUUGAGCCGACUAAAUGUUUUCCAAGUGCAAGAUCCCCUUUUAAAUUUUAAAGAUGACAGUUUCAUGGAAGAGAAAAUAUUGAGGGAGUGCUUUACUUUCAAAAGAAUAGUGACACCUCAAGAAAAAGGGAUGGAAUUAAGUGAAGAUUUCUGCAAAGUUUCUUUAACAGAUGAAGAGAUUCCUUUAUUUCUUGUUAAGUUUCAGUUCUGUGAAGCAACAAACUCAAAAGUGGAUAUGGAGAUUCGCACAUGUUUAGCCCUUAAAUCUUUAUUACAAGUAACUCCAGAAAUUUUAGAAAAUGAAAUUGAAUGUCUCAGAAUAACUAAUGAAAGUAAGAAUACAAAGCGUCAUAUUUUGGCACCAAUUCUCAUAUUUUGCAUUGCCCAUUAUUUUAUUUAUGUUCCUUUUAUGAAUGCAGUUAAACAUUAAGCAUAUUCUCUAGGAAAAGGACGUUACAGUAUUGAGUUUUGUGUUAACAUCUUUUCCAGAACUUAACAUGACAAUUAUACCAGAGAUGAUAAAGAGAUCAAAACAUUAUUCUACUCAAGAAGUUUAUUCUAGUCAGAACAAAGAUAUACCAGAAUUCAACAAUCCAAUAAGUUACAAUGGAGAACUUGAGGUGCCAUUAACUCCUCCAUGUAGGAAAGAAAAUAUGUGCAUGGAUUCAUUGUAUGUCCACUUAAAACCAGAACCUGUUUCUCCCAUUAAUAAAAAUGAUUUCAUUACAGAAUCUACUUCAAACUAUUUGGAAGGGCUUAUGUGGCAGUCAGAGAAAUACCAGAAAGCUAUGUCUUCACUUUUCCUAUUAGUACCUCAGAAUUCUGUUGCUUUAUGUCAACAGUUUUCAGUCAUAGAACUGAAGACAAAGUUGUCUAUACAUGAAAAUUCCAUGAUUAUCGGAACCUUGGAAGAAGAUGAGUGGAUUAAUUUAAGAGGAAACUUGACUGUACCGUGUGUUUUAGAAGCACUGAGCAUAAACGUAAAUGAUGAAGGAAGACUUGCUAAUAAAGCUAUUGAAGUUUUUUCCAAAGUUACUAAUUUCCAGUUAGAUGAAUGGCUUGAUGACGAGCAUUCCUUCUGUGACAGCAACGUGAAGAUUUUUAGUAUCCCUCAUUGUAUUGGGUCCAAGGAUUCUUGUUCUCCUAAAAAAAAUGAGACUUUUUCUUCACUACCUCUGACACCUACUUCACCACAGUAUAGUAUCUCUAUAGCAGACAACAAUGUAUCUGCUGAAAGUUAUAUCAAACAAACCAAAUUACAAAAUGAAAUUGAAAAGCCAGUGCAGAUUGGAAACCAUGAAGUAGAAAAAAACAAUCUAGUUGGUUGCAGGAAAGUCUGUAUCUCAGAAAAUAGUAGAUUAAGAAAUAAAAAGUCAGUUCUAUCUGAACAGCCUAGAAAAUUUAAAGAUGACUUUGAUCUUUUGAGUAAUUUUAUCAUGCUGAGAUCUAAACAGGUGAUCAGUCAAAGAGAAGAAGGAAAUACUGUGGAUAUUCAAGAAGAAGGUAGUUUAAUUGCUUUUAUUAAGAUUUAGUUUAGGAUCAAAUAGUUUAGCAUAGUUUAGGAUCCAAUUUUCUUUUCUGAUAAAACAUUACAGUUGUAUUAAGAAACACCCAUGUAAACCAUCGACAUCAGAAAGGAUCAGAUAGGAAUGUGGGAAUAUUUAGAUUAUAUGGUAAACCUACUUAAUGAGAUAUUCCCUUAGUAUAGGGAACAUUUUGAUCUAUGUGGAGAAAAGAAAAUUAAAUAUUUCCAAUAGUGCGUUCUCUAGUAUUUGAACAAACAGUAAGUCUUAAGAGUGUUUAGAGAUACCAGUAAUUAUUACAGUACACACACAUUUUAUUUAUUUUAUUUAUUUUAUUUAAUCGAUUUAUAGGCCGCCCAAUCCCGGAAGA